ACAUGAAGAACAAACAUGACUUGAACAAGAUGGCAGCCGUAUGAAUUUUCUAGCUAAUGAGUAUUUGCUGAUUCCUUUGGUGCCAGGAAUAAGCUUGGUUCUUUUUCGAUCAACAGUUCGAAUUUCAUACUAAACUGAAAGUUUGCAGAGAUUUCUUUUCUCCGAAGGUUCAAUUCCUUCAUCAUUUUAAUAGAAGUGCAGAAUUCUGCUGUGUCAUAGCUCGAUAAAAUGGCAUCUUAUUUUGAUGAGCACGAACUCACAGACCGAACAAGCAAUCCUGAUUUCUUCCUUGAGCUCGCAAGGAUGCUUCUGUCUGCCAGUGAUCUGCUUGACAUUGCAAGAGCAGCAUUUGAUCAAAUUCAAGCACCACCAGCUUCCAAAGAAGUUGUAGAAUCUCUACCAGCUGUACCCAUAACUGCUGAACACAUUGUUAAAGGCUGUUCCUGUCCCAUUUGUCAAGCAGAAUAUAAGAUUGGUGAAAAUGUCAAGCAGCUUCCAUGUGACCAUAUGUUCCAUCAGAGUUGUAUUCUACCUUGGUUAUCAAAGACUAACAGUUGUCCUCUGUGCAGACAUGAGUUGCCUACAGACGACCCUGAAUAUGAAGAAAUGAAAAAUUUAAAGGUUAAGGAGCAAGACCAGCAGUUUCGAGUGGAAACACUUCAUGACUCCAUGUUUUCCUGACAGAAACAAAAUGUCUAACAGCUUCAAGCUCUACGAUAUAUUAUUAUAUUUUAGGUAUAUUGUGAUAGAAAAUACCCACAUAUAUCCCAGGAACAGUUCAAGACACUUUUAUUGACAAAAUGGAAAAACUAUCCCAAGCAAAGUCUUUUAUGGAAGACUGGAAAAUUGAAAACAAAAUACUAGAGUAAUACAUGUGUUCAUGUUCAAAAUAAAGGUAUACAAGUUAACACUGCA